CUCAUUGUUGUUGAAUUCCAUUUCCAUUCUGUCACCUCUCUCUCUCUCUCUCUCUCUCUCUCUCUCUGCGAGAGUGCGUUUUAUUAGUUUUCUAUAUUAAAAGCGAGUCACUCACCAAUUUCUCUCCUUCUUUUCAUCUACCUUGUACCUUCCUCCAUUUACACACACACUCUCUCGCUCUCUCUGCACAACUGCUUAACAUUGCUUCUUUUUCUUGUUCUUGUUCUUCUUCUUCCUUGUUUUUAUGCAACACUCUGCAAAUCAAAUGGCCAAUUCUUACUCAGGUAAUUCCAAUCAUAUCUCAAAAGAAGACGCAAAGGAAACAAGUUCGCUGGUUGUUUCCUUUGGGGAACUGCUGAUAGACUUUGUGCCAACAGUGGGAGGAGUGUCGCUGGCCGAAGCACCGGCUUUUCAGAAAGCUCCUGGUGGAGCUCCUGCCAAUGUAGCUGUUGGUAUAUCUAGACUUGGAGGUUCAUCAGCUUUCGUCGGAAAGGUUGGAGCAGACGAGUUCGGUUACAUGUUGGCCAACAUAUUGAAGGAAAACAAUGUUGACAUGUCUGGCAUGCGGUUUGACCCGAAUGCUAGAACUGCAUUAGCUUUUGUUACACUUAGAGCUGACGGUGAACGAGAAUUCUUGUUUUUCCGGAAUCCAAGUGCUGAUAUGCUUCUUCAUGAAUCAGAACUUGAUAUAAAUCUCUUAAAGAAGGCUAGAGUCUUCCAUUAUGGCUCCAUCAGCUUGAUUGACGAGCCGUGCAAGUCAGCUCAUCUUGCUGCUAUGAGAAUUGCCAGCAAUUCUGGUAGUAUUCUCUCUUAUGAUCCAAAUUUGAGAUUAGCACUAUGGCCAUCAGCCGAGGCUGCUCGCAAGGGCAUAAUGAGUAUUUGGGAUCAAGCCGAUGUCAUAAAGAUAAGUGAGGAAGAGAUUACAUUUUUGACGGGUGGUGAUGAUCCUUAUGAUGAUAAUGUUGUAUUGAAGAAACUUUUUCAUCCAAAUCUCAAACUUCUAAUUGUUACUGAAGGCUCAUCUGGUUGUAGAUAUUACACCAAGGAAUUCAGGGGCAAAGUUGGAGGUGUUAAAGUCAAACCUGUUGACACAACUGGUGCCGGUGAUGCAUUUGUCGGUGGAUUUCUCUACAACUUGGCUUCUGACCCAAGUAUUCUUCAGGAUGAGAAACGGCUGCGAAAAGCUCUAUAUUUCGCAAAUGUAUGCGGCGCCAUCACUGUAACUGAGAGAGGUGCCAUUCCUGCAAUGCCUACAAAGGAAGCUAUCUUGCAAUUCUUACUAGAAUCUGCUUCAAUAUAGAACUCAGAUUUUUUGGUUAUAACAUAUUCCAUUUGUAGUUAAACUAUAGCUUAGGUGAUGCUGAGCUUCUUGUUAAUUUUUUUUAACAUUUUUUUAUCAAAAACUUUCAACUGUAAUUUCCAUAUGUAAGUUCAAUUUGCCUUGCUGUCUCA